UCCUGGAGUUUCAAUGAAAGCUGAGCCUAGUUGACUGCCUCACUGCUUGCUCCUCACAUCAACACGAAGCUUCCUGGGAGUCACAGCCGAGCAUCGCGUCUGUUUUUCGGCCAACCGCACUGGACUGUGCCUCACCCUCGUUGUGAUGGUUCCCCACUCGGGUAAUGCUCAUUCCUGUCGGAGAUAGGAAACGCUCGUGGGAACUUGUUGGAAGUUUCUUGAAAGUCCUUCAGGUCGUCUUUGCAACCUCCACCAGGAUGGCUCUUUUGGUUCUUCUCGGGCUCUCCGUAUGGACCUGCUGCGCGCACCUCGGAUACUGCGCCCUCGUCCGAUCUGAAGCGGAUUUUACACAAGCGGCUGGGCGAGGGAACUCGGCACCGGGGGUCCCGGUAGUGGGGGACCGGGAGCGGCUGUCCCAGGACACUGUGACGGAGCACAUGCACAUGCUGUACGACAAGUACAACAAGGCGGGGUUCCCUUUCAAGGAUGGGAACACGGUGCGCAGCUUUAAGGCGCAUUGGGGCGUGAUCAACAAGAAACAGCUUCAGAUCUUCAACUUGACGUCCCUCACCAAGUCCGAGGACGUCCUCUCUGCUACGCUGCACUACUACAUCGGAGACCUCCACAAUGGCAGCCGAUCUUGCUCCGGCUCUCGAGGCUGCGCGCUCCACGGCCCGCGCAGGCACAGCCACAUCCACGCCGUCAUCUGGAGCUUUGCUCCAGAGGUCGAUCGGAUGAGGACUCUGGGCCAGUUCCGCAUCAACGUGUCCACGCACUACCGGGACUUCAUCUCCUGGCAGUGGAAGGACAUCACCCGGGUGGUGAACCAGGCCAAGGCGCACCACCAGCUCCUAAUCGGCAUCGAGGUGGCCUCGCGGGGACCCCGGCCCUGGAAGGAGCUCUUGGCCAACCGCUCCCCUUACAUCCUGGUGUACGCCAAUGACUCGGCCAUCUCGGAGCCUGAGAGUGUUGUAGCCACCCUCCGGAGGAACCCCUCAGCGAAAGAUCUGAAAGCGGGGCAACGAGGGCGGAACGCCACAGAAGCGCAGAGGAGCUCGUCCAGACCCAAGCGUUCCGUCAAUGUCCUGCUCCCCCUACAGAACAACGAGCUCCCCGGACCCGAGUACCCCUACGAGACCACCGGUUGGGACGAGUCCAGUCCCUACGAACCCUUCCAGAGCAAGCAGGCUCGCCGGCCCUCGCGCAAAAAGAGCCGCAAGAACCCGAGGCACAAGAUGCCCCUGCUGCAGUUUGACGAGCACACCAUUAAGAAGGCCCGGAAGAAGCAAUGGAACGAGCCCCGGAACUGUGCGCGUCGCUACCUCAAAGUGGACUUUGCCGACAUCGGCUGGAGCGAGUGGAUUAUUUCGCCAAAGUCUUUUGACGCCUACUAUUGCUCCGGGUCCUGCCAGUUCCCCAUGCCCAAGGCGCUGAAGCCUUCGAACCAUGCAACCAUCCAGAGCAUCGUGCGGGCGGUCGGUGUGGUGCCCGGCAUCCCGGAGCCAUGCUGCGUCCCGGAGAAAAUGUCAUCCCUCAGCAUCCUGUUUUUCGACGAGGACAAAAAUGUGGUGCUCAAGGUUUACCCCAACAUGACGGUGGAUUCGUGCGCGUGCAGAUAGUUACCUUGGCGCACACUGGAAGCUUGUCCAGAAAAGAUGCUCAUGUCUUCUGUUUUUUUUUUUUUUUUUUUUUUAAUCUCUUACAUCAACAACGGGCCCGGUGUUCCUCAAUCCCACUGGAAGGUGGUGCUCAACAAUUGAAAGGGGUGUGAUGGCAGGAACUUUUGAAGCCGCGCACCUUCCAUCUCGAACUUUAAAAACCACGCACCACCUUACACAUUGUGACAAACCCCUUUAAAAUGUGCUAGCUAUUAAUUUACUAGUGGAAUUAAAAUGACAUUCUCCAUUAACACCUCCGGGGUUAUACGUAGCACAAGUAUGUAAGUGUGUAUUUUUCUUGUGUAACCUUAUGGAUUCCCAAGCUAAACUGGUGGUGCACCUCAUCAUAUCAGUCAAAUCAGUCUUUCUCAAACUUGUAAGGCCUCACAACACAAAGAUUGAAAGCAUAUGGUUUAUAUGUGCAACAUAGUCAAGUGCAAUUUAAAAAUAUAUAUCAUAAUGCACACCUUGAGAUGCACGGAACACACCCUACCAAUUCUUCGCCAACCUUAAAAAGGCACACACACCUUGCACACCCUAUAAAAAAAAGGUAAAAAUACACACAAAGCCAAUUCAAGGCACUAUGGUUAACGCUUUCAAGAACAGUGGUCACUACAGUGUACAGCUAUUCAAAAUGUGACACUUUCACCCUUUAUGGGGCAAUUGAUUAUUUUCAGUCAUUAAAAAAGAUUAAUUAUGAGCAAUUAUUACAAUUACAUUAUAUACAUGUAGUCCCUGGGUUACUAAUGAGUUACCAUUCCUACUCUGGCGAUGUAACCCGAAUUUCCGCGUAAUCCAGAAUUAACCCUGUAAGUAACUCUUCCUCGUGUGUUUGUGCGUGCGCUCUUCUUCUUGAGCGCAAAUAUUUUCUUCUUUGUGUGUACAUGCGCUCUCAGACGCGUGCGGUAGUGUCUUUUGGAACUUCCUGCUCCAAAAUAAAAGCAUGCAUCACAAAACAAAAGUCAACAUUAUAAAUAAAAUACACAUUUCACCAAAGACCAGAACAAUCAUAUUAAUAAAAUAAAGUUAAAAAAAAAAGAUACUGUGACUACAUGACUAAAAAAACAACUGGAGACAAAAUGGCGGACGAGACUCCGGCGUCGUAGAGUCAAAAUCACCUAAGUCGGCUACGUCGUAACUCGGGGACAACCUGUAUUUGUAUUAUUGUUUUGUAUGGUUGAAUACAUUUAGAAAUGAAAACAAUGUUAAGAAAAGCUAAAUUAAUGAAAUGAAAAUGAAUGAAAAACAGAUAUACACUCUAGUAACAUCCCUAAGUAAUACACUAAAGUAGGGAUGUCUCGAACGCAUAAUUUAGCACCAGAGUCAGAGUCACCUGAGUUUGAGAAUCUGCCAAUUCCGAGUCCCGAUCCGAUACCAAGGGGAAAAAAAGUCUUAAAAGUUCCAAACGUGUUACAAGCGGAAGAGGAAGUACUGUAAACAGGACGGUACUCUCUCUUUCGCUUUUUCCGGGAGUGUUGCGUCGUAUAAAACGUAUAUAUUUUUGUUUCUUUUGGCAAUGGCAUUGUAUUUCUGGAGUAUUUUGUUACCUUUUAGCCCUUAGAUAAAUAUAUAUAUAUACAGUGGGGAGAACAAGUAUUUGAUAUGCUGCCAAUGGGAAAACCCAUUGACAGUGUAUCAAAUACUUGUUCUCCCCACUGUAUAUAGGUAGUCCACUAGUUACGAACACGAUCCAUUCGUACGCUGGUGAUGUACACGAAUUUCCACGUAAAUCACAAUAAAGCCUUUAGGUACCUCUAAAUACACUCCAAAUCUCAAAAAUAACAAUCCAAAACUCUAUAUUGUACGUCAUUGUACUGUCCUCACCAAGACUUUGACAGCUAGCUAAGCUCCGAAAUGACGAUGUCAGACGUCUGUGUGGUUUGCUGAAUUUUUUCAGCUACUCAUGACAUCAACUCUUGCAGAAUGAAACUAAAAUAAAACUGAAAUUAAUUCAGUUUCAUUUUCAAUUACAGCAAUUCAAAUUUGCGUUCAUAUUUAGCUGUUGAUACAGCAAUAACAAUACACAAAAAUGAUUAGCAUGUAUCAAUCAGUGUCCAAACAUAAUCAAAAACAAUCACAUAAGCUCGCCUCGAGUAUUAGACCACAAUUGAAAACACAAUAAACAGUUUUAUAUACAGGUGUUGCCUCUAUGGAUGCUUCACAAGCAGCAAAUGUGCGCGCAGGCUUGCAGCUGUAAUCUUCCUCAUGUUUGCGCAAAUACGUUCUAGGUCCUUUGUAGAUGCGCCCUUACUCUUCUGUGGAAGCACUACCUGCUCUAUGCUUCCUGCGCCAAAAUAAAAGCAUGCAUCACAAAACAAAAGUCAACAUUAUUUAAAAACAAAAAACAACAACUGGAGACAAAAUGGCGAACGAGACUCCAGUGUCGUAAAGUUGAAAUCACAGAAGUCGGGUACAUCGUAACCAGAGGACUAGCUGUAUAUAAGUAUACAGGGGGUGGACAAAAUAAUGGAAACACCUUACAUUUUUGCAUCAUAAUCAUUAAAAAAUAAUUGUAAAAUAAUGGCAUGAGGAAAAUUCUAAUGAAGUUGAGCAUCUCGUAUGGCCGGCACAAUCCCCAGACCUCAACAUUAUUGAGCAUUUAUUGUCAGUUGUAGGGAUUCAAUUAAGACGUUGAUUUCAACCGCCAUCGUCUCUAAAAGAGUUAGAGGGUUUUCUAAUGAAGAAUGGCUUAAAAUUAAUUUUAAAACAAUUUACAAGUAGUAUGAAUCAAUCUCUGAGAAUUGAGGCUGUAAUUGCUGCAAAAGGCACCAUAUUAAAUUAGCUUUUGUUGAUUUUUUUAGGUGUUUCCAUUAUUUUGCCCAACCCCUGUAUAUAGAACCCUUUUCACUCAAUUCAGAUCCUCUGAAAAAUGCCGUAACUGGCCCAAUUUCAAAUCUUGUGAUGUUUUUUUUUCAUAGUAUCUACCUAAUUGAAUGCCAUUAACGCCAAUAGAUGUCCAAUUCAUUUAAUCCAGGAAGACUAGCAUGCUUCAGUGCCUUUGGCGGCGCUUCACCCCCAAUCCAUUUUGACUAAGAAAUGCCAUUGAUUGAACCUUCGUUCAUUCGCCCUCCUAGCGCCGGCACUGGCAGCCAAUGAAUUAAACGAGUACCCUAUAAAGGGCAAAAACCAUCAAGACCUGGCGUCCACAUAAGUGAAUGUCAUGGGUCAUUUUGGCCACAGUAUUAACCCAAUGACCCAAAUUGUUGUCUCAACAUAUAUUUUUAUUGUCAUUUACCAUUACUGUAGUUUUAAAUAUUAUUCUCACGAUACAUGUAUUUUGGACCGCCAUCGCCGUCAUUGGCAGCCAGUGAGUUAAAUAAGCGUCCCAUAAAGGGUUAAAAGCAGACAAAACACAUCCUCAGGUGUUUUUUUUUUGUGAGAUCGAAACCAAAACAAGUAUUUAUGCUGAAUACUUGCCUUCUGCCUUCUAUUGUACAUUGUCCUGUAUAUACGUACUGUAACUGACAAGUGCCUUAUGUUUCCAAAUCUUGGGAAUAUGUUUGUAAUAAAAGUCUAUUAUUGUAGAAUUUAUUCUUUAAAAAAUUAUAUAUAUAUUUCAAAUCAUUUUGAUAUUUCAGAGACAUUUAUUUUGUGUCAAUAGAUUUUUUUGGUACCUUUUCUAUAUAUUUUGUACUUUUUGUUAGCAAUGCAUGCCAUAGAAACACUGUGGAGUUUUAUUUUUUUGUUUUGUGUAAAUGUUAGCUCGAAAAGAAAGAAAAUGCUUGUACAAUAAGCUUCCGUAAGUAUAUUUGUAUAUGGAAAUGUCUUGAAACUAUUUAUUUUUGUCAAUGUGAUGGCGGGGGCGUGGCCUGCGAAGUAAGAAGGCGGGGUCUUGACAAGUGAUGGACAUUUGACCUCUGACCCUGAGCACAGGCGACAAUGCCUCCAACUCGCAAAGCUUUCAGAGAAAUGAAUAAAACUAUGCAAAAGUACUUUUUUUUUCAAGCAUUGAUUUUGUGUAUAUGUGUAUAGAUUUUUUUUAAUGUUGUUUGAGGUGAAAAGUCACUUAUUAGGAGAAAUUGUAAUGAUGUUUAAGAAAAUAAAUAAAUAAACAAUUCCGUAACUU